AUGCCCACAGACGGCUUCCGGCAGUUCACUUCACUCUUCCGAAAAAAUGUCCUAGUCAAAAGCCGCCGGCCAUGUGCGACCUUCUUCGAGAUGGCUCUGCCCCUCGUACUCUUCGCACUGCUGGUGUACGUCCGCUCUGUGUACGAGCCCGUUACGGUUGGUCCAAACUACUACAGGAACAAUUUGCUGACGCCUAUCGGCUCCUCCUUCAUGGGCGAGGCUCUGGACUCGAAGGCACUUACGGACAACAACGCGAGCCGCAGGCAGUGGGAGGACACGCAGAGAAACCCAUUUCCGCAGGAGUCGAUCCUCAUGCAGGUGGCUGAGGACGCCCUCUGCUCCGAUAGCCUCGCUGGACCUGCCGCUGAUGCCUUAGAAGUGGUCCUGGCCCUGCCUGCUGGGGAAGCAGACCUCGCGCAGGCCCUGCUGCGUCUGGACCCGGUUGCCGCGGCCGACGACGCGACUUCCUUCCUGGACGAAGCGCGGCGCUUUGCUCAGAGCGGCGAGCUGGCGCGGAAUUCGAAUCAAUUGCGGGCAGACUUUUUCGACGCCAACCUCGACGUCACGGUGACGCAGGUGGCGCAGAGGCUCCAGAGCGAGAUCGACCAGCUAAAUCCGCUGUUGAGCGAUCCGGAUGGAGCGGCCAAAGCGGGGUUCACCUGUGCCGAGGUCAUUUUCUGCGAGAUUUUUCCAAAGCUUGCUGACGAACGAAGGUCCGGCGGCGACAGCCUGAACGACAUCGCCCAGAACGUCACCCAGGACUUUCCCAACGUCACGGGCGCCCUCGCGCAGUUUCUGGGAAACUUGACCCAGGCGGUGUACAGCCCUGUACAGCUCUAUGCCUUGUCUCGGCUGGGCCUGGACCCGACCACGGCCCUGCCGAUCCUCGCCGGGCUGGGUCUCUCCGGAGCCAACUUGGGCCCGGGCUUGGGUAUUGAGUAUGGCGGGUGGGCGGUUCUGGGCGGUUUGGGCUUUGCCCACGAGCUUCGUGGGGAAGGCCUGGGCCUUCGUGGGCAAGGCCCAAACUUCGUGGGCAAGGCAUGGAAUGCUGUCUGCAGUAGAUUGCCGAUGCAGACUGCUGUGACAAGAGAGAUUUUUGAGGCCUUGAAAGCAUCCAACUUCGCGAGCGUACCUCCCGACAUGCAUCGGUUCCUGUCCGAUGUGAUGGGCAUGUUCUCGUCAACAUAUAACGAAGAGGCAUUCGGCGAGAUGCGAGGCAUGGAGUCCAGAGAGAACAAGGCUCAUGCCAUGCCGAAUGCAGACAUCUGGCAAUCUGCGAGCCACUCUGGUGUCCGGGGUCGCUUCGGGCAUCGCGAAGUGGCUGUCGACGACUCGCAAGAAGAUCCAAGGCUGCCAGAAUCCCUGUAUCACACCAAGGGCCUGGCACCGACGAUGGAGAACAUGUUCGUGGUGAACUGCUUUCUGUGUUUCAAGCUGCUUCGCCACACAAUGCAGUGCAGCAAGCGGGUGGCCGAGAGCUGCUCGCAUGACCCAGCCCCAGUAUGGGGCUGCGACGUGGGCGGCGGCUUCGAGUGCUUUGGAAAGGCCAAGUGGAAGAGCCUGGCAAGCCAGAAGCUCACGCAGUCGGCCCUUUUGACGGGGAUCGCGAAUGCCUCCUUGGAGGAGAUUGAGACAGAGAUCAUCCCUGGUGACCCGGCCAUCACGAGCUUCGGGGAUCUCAUCGCCCUGACCCAUGAGCCGAUUGUUCUCCAGACGUACGCAUCAGAGGUAAUCGAGUGGUACCCUUGCAAUGUGGAUGUGGUGCUGGAUCAGAUCUGGGAGUCGCACCGGGCCAUUUUAAUUGCGAUGUCCAUUCUACCGGACUGUGGUGCGGGACUUCGCCGGAGGCAGGGCUUCUGCGCAUGA